AUGAAGUUAUGGGAUGUUCUGGCCACGUGUCUCUUGCUCCUGAGCUCCGUCUCCACGCGCCCCAUCUUUCCAAAGCUGCAGCCCGUCAAGAGGCCUCCUGUAGUGGGCUUGCACCGUGACUCUGCUGCCCUGUCUGUGGAGGACUCUCUCAUACGCCCCUACUCCCAUCCAGAGCGCCUGCACAAAACCUCCAUGGAGGAACAAUAUGAACUUGAAGGUCCAUACCCUGAUCAGUUUGACGACGUUAUGGACUUCAUCGAGGCCACCAUCGGCAGAUUACGCCGGUCUCCAAGAGUCGACGGAAGUUUCCAGAGCCGGAGCGGGAGACAGAGCGGAUCGUCGGGCGCGGACAGGGAGGAAAGGGGGGAAAGGGGCGGCAGGAAGGGCCAAGGGGGGCAGAGGAGGAAAGGCAAAGGGCGGAAGGGCGGCCGCUCGAGGAAGGGUGGCCGGGACGAGCAACGGACAGCGCCAGUGGGCCGAGAGUGCCGGCUCCAUGAGGUCCACCUCAACGUGACGGACCUCGGGCUGGGCUACCAGACCAAGGAGGAACUAAUAUUCAGGUACUGCAGCGGACCCUGCUCGGACGCGGAGACCAACUACGACAAGAUUCUGAACAAUCUGACCAACAACAAAAAGUUGGACAAGGAGAAGCCCUCUCGGAUUUGCUGUCGCCCGAUCACCUUUGACGAUGACCUCUCUUUCUUGGACAACAACCUAGAGUACCACAUUCUGAAGAAGCAUUCCGCUCGGACAUGUGGUUGUGUGUGACAAAGGCAGAAAGAGAGAGAGAGAGAAAGAAGGACAAAAAAAGAGAGAGAGACAGAGCGCCCAGUGGUCUUCACUCAAAGGGGUGUCCACUGCAGGUGCCAUGGCCAGUGCAUACGGCGAGACCUCAUGAGUGUGUUAGAAGCCGCGCUUGGGCAAAAUGGUGGAGUGGACGUUGGCCAGUUCCUGAACAGGUGGAGUACAGGGAAUCUCUCCUGUGAUCAUCCGUGCAGACUGAGAAUCACAUUUGAUACAGUGUGACAAGUCAUGCAGGUACAAGUCAAGGUCAAA